AUGAAGUUGUUGCAAUUGGUGCUGUUGACGGUGUUCAGCAUAACUGCUUUGGCGUGGUCUGUCGAGGAUCAGGAAAUAUUGAAAGUGAACCAUGAACUACAGCAGGAUUAUCCAGGUUCAAGUUUUUAUGAAUUCAUGAAGUUGGAUAAAGGUUCGAAAUCCUCGUUAAAAGAGAUUAAUAAACAGUUUAGGAAACUUAGUGUGAAGUUCCAUCCUGAUAAGGUUAAAGGUAAACAGAAUAAGAAAUUAGCACAAAGAAAUUUCGAAAGAUUAAGUUUGAUUGCAAAUAUUUUGAAAAGUUCAACAAAAGAUCGUUAUGAUUUUUUCCUAACGAAUGGAUUCCCAAAAUACAAAAAUAAUAGAUUUUUAUAUGAUAGGUUCAGACCUGGUUUGAUCUUUGUUGUUGUCUUCCUAUUCUUGCUGAUUGGUGUUGCACAUUUUAUAAUUUUGAAAAUUUCAGCUUCACAAGAUCGUAAAAGAGUUUUAAACUUAAUUGAACAAAUAAAAUCAUUUGCAAAUAGACAAUCAAGUGGUGGUGUAUUGACUGAACAAAGAAAAGUUAAAAUAGAUGGUAUUGAUAAAUCCUUUUUGGUGAGAAUUGAUGGUGUUUUCCUUAUUGAUGAAGAAGAUGAAAAUAACUUACAAAGAGUCUCUGCAGAUGAUAUUAAAGAACCAAGAUUAAAAGAUUCAAUACUGGUUAGAUUACCUGUUUUCCUUUGGAAUGUUUCAUUUGGUAGAUUAAGUGAUUCUUUGGCUAUUGAUUUAACUGAUAAAGAGGAGAUUAAAAUUGAGGAGAAUAAUUUCGAAUCUAGUAAGAAAAAGGUGAAGAAACCAAAAGGUGAAAAAUUGGUGUUACCAAAUGGGAAAGUUGUAUAUGGGAAAUCUAAAAAGAAUUAG